CACUACAUGCACCAGAACUUUUCAGCUGUCUUUUUUAUUUGUUUCACUCACACACACAUGUUUUUUCUGCCACUAACCCCCCUGAAGAUGCAUUAGUUCUUUUUCUUUUAUAUACUCUCCCUUUUCAACGCCUAUACAUACAUAUUCAUUUGUACCAAAAGUUGAAGCGGCAUUAUUUGUGUAAAAAUUUUGUGACAAAUUGGAUUUAAUAAAUAAAAUACAAAUUAUUGGUUAAAUUAUUAAAUUAUACAAGGCUAAUUUCAAAACUGUGUGUUAAACGAAAUAAUUAUUAGACACUAAAUAGAGUUUAUAGAUCUAUAAAUUGAUGAACAAUGGAGAAUCGGCGUACUAGAGGACGACCUAAACGCAAAGACGUUUCGGUAACAUUAACACCAACUGAAAAAUCGAGCACAACAAGUACACAUGUAAAUGUGCCUAACAAACGGAGUACGUCGAAGACAAACGUUUCACCGGCAAGACGCGCAUCGCCUGGCCGUACCACCCGCUCUUCACGUCCAGGAUCAUCACUGUUAACGUCAGCGCCAUCAACAACUACAAUUUUGAUAAGAUCAUCUCCAGUUAAAGAGCUAAAAGACACGGCAAUAGCUAAAACCACUACAUCCAAAACACGCAUACCCACUAUAGUCGGAUCGAAUCUUAGCACUGGCGGCAGAAGUUCACCGCGCUUUGCAACGAAGUCCUCAUCCUCUAUACACAGCACUUAUAGCAGUAGUAGCACUCAAAAAACUAUUGAAAUACGUUCAACCACAUCUGCUUUGGAUAAUGAGUUUCAAAAAUUAUCAGAUUACAUACGUCGUUCUGUGUCAAAGGCCAUCGAUGGAGAAAAGCGUGAAGGUACACACACGCCAACAACAAAUACUGAACUCGAGAGCCGUUAUAGCCGCUCCAUAUCACGAUCUAUCUACGAUGAUGGUGCUUCUUCCAAGGCAGAGUUUUCUGAUAAUGAAACCAGCGGGCGCAUGGGGGAAGAUGAUGCUGACGAGGAGGAGGAAGAAAUUGAGGAUUACAAAAGUUUUAACGUUAGCGCUCAGCAUUCAUAUUCCACUUCAGCGAUUGGACAAAACUGUCGGCAAUUAGAGAUACCAAGAGAAUUUGGUGGAUGGAUAGGAGCAACGCUAUUAAUGAUAUUUGCGCCCUGCUUAGUGUAUUAUUUACAAUGGUGUUGCCAGAAGAAUGUGUGUGAGUUGAGAAUGCCUUAUUUGGAUAUCGAAUCAGUAAAAAAUGGUGGUAUAUGGAAACCGAUUUUUUACGGUCCAGCUGCUUUAAUAUUUUUCAUAUUUAAUGUGGCAGUGAUUGUAUUAUCUGCGUUGCUUUUUGGACUUUACGUACGUUUACCCACCGAACGCACGAGCCCAUACUAUGGAAUUGAAUAUAAAUUUAAUGGGUUGCCUAUAGCAAUCAUAAUUACAUUGACGCUUGGUUAUGCGCAAUAUAAAAAUAUCGGGUUACCCGAUUUCUUGUUGCAAAAUCAAUCAAGAUUUUUCGUAUAUAGUUGUAUAAAUGCUUUUGUCUUAGCAUCUUGGGCUUACCUGCGUUCCUUCGCAAUAAACGGGCGCGCAAAUCGUGUACAUCAAAAUAUAUAUGGUAAAACGGGUAACUUUUUGGUGGACUUCGCACAAGGCAGACAAGUGAAUCCGAAAUGGUUAGAUUUUAUCGAAUUCAAAGUGGUAUUUUAUCGCAUGAACUUGCUAAUGACCCUGCUCUAUGCGGAGAGUCUCUUAUUAAAACAAAUAACGUUACCUGUAAAUCCGCCUAUUGAAGAUGGCAUCUGGAGCACAGCUAUGUACUAUUACAACAACAUACAAUAUGAUAGCGCUGCUCUCCUCACUUCAAGUAUGCUGCUAGCAUAUGUUUGGGAUGCUUUAAUAUUCGAACAUCAUAUGGCAUCAUCGUUUGAUCUGCAAGGCGAAGGUUUCGGUGCAUUGUUAUUGUUACGCUACGCCGCUACACCAAACUUAAUAACAGCGGUGGCACGCUACUUCUUUGAGCAACAACUUGAACGCGACAAGCAAGUGUCAACACCACUGUCAUGCUGCUUUGCCGCUUAUGUACCAAUCACUUUACUCAUUGCCGGUUUGCUGCUUAAACGUAUUAGCAGUGCUGUCAAGUAUAAAUAUCGUGUGAAUCCCUCAAAUGAAUACUUUGACGGCAUCGAAACUAUACACACAUAUCAGGGACGUCGACUUUUACUCGGCCCAUUAUGGGGCCGUCUACGUCAGCCUAAUUACACUGGUGAACUGAUGAUUCUGUGUGCUUUAGCAAUGCCUUUGUUUUUGCGCUUCGCCUGGCCCCCACUAAUUUGCAUAUUGUUGCUGUGCGUUGUGUUGUUGCAUCGCACACAACGACUGCAAGCGCGCAAUAUGUCGCGUUAUCACUCAUCUUGGGUACGCUACUGCAACAAAGUGCGCUACUACAUAUUGCCGAAAGUCUAUUGAGCGCUUAGCUAUACAAACUUAAGAUGUGGAUAUUAAGCACUGCAGUGAGUUGCAAUGAGAUUGCAAAUGUUGCAGACGAAUAUAUUAACACUAUGUUUAGUUCUUAGUACGUUUAUAUAAAAAUUAUUUUAGUACAAAAUUAUAAAUAUAAAUAAAUUGUAAUUUGUCCUUUA